AUGCAAUUAAAUUCCAUUAAAGGCACUACCAUGGACUGCAGCCACGGAGUUUCGACACGAUUUCCUCGUACCUUCGUAUCUUCAACAGAAACUCUUCUGAUGAACGAUAACCAGAUGACAACUGUGUCUUUGGGGUCUCGACUUCCAAACCUAUUAGAACUAAGCCUCGAAGAUAACUGGAUCACGAAGCUUGAAAGAUCUCCCUUCAGUCUGAGGCCAAAUCUUCAGAUUCUUCGGCUUGGAGGGAAUAAAAUCACCAAUGUGGUCAGGGAUGCCUUUGAUGGACUUGACAAACUUGUGAAACUGUAUCUGAAUCGUAACAGCAUCGAAACUGUAGAAGCGUUUGCAGUGAUUGAUAGUCCAAGUAGUUUGGAAAUUUUGGACUUACAGAGAAACAAACUCACAUCGAUAGCGACCAGCACGUUUACUGGAGUCCCACUGCUUACGGAGCUCAACUUAUCGUCCAACAACAUCUCAACGAUUGAAGAUGGGAGCUUCAGUGGUCUCAAGAAGUUACGUGUCCUCUACCUGCAUUCCAACCAGAUCGUUCGGCUGACCAACGAGACAUUUAUGGGGCUGUCCUCAUUGAAGCGUCUUGUUUUGGCUAACAACAAGAUACAGAAUCUACCAGAUAUGGUCUUCAGUGAUUCCACAGCGCUGGAGUUUCUUGAUCUCAUAUCUAACGGUAUCUCCCAAAUCACACAGAAAACAUUCUCUGGAUUGUUCAAUCUAACGGCACUGUACAUGGGUAGAAACAACAUCAGCACUGUAGAAGACGGUGCGUUUCGCGAUCUGGUCAAACUGCACACGUUGUCACUGUUCAACAACACGCUACAGGACAUCUCAGCAUCCACUUUUCUCGGUCUGGCUCCUGACGAUAGAACAGACAACACAGGACUGGAGGAACUGUACCUCACGCGGAAUCGUCUCACUACUGUCAGGAAGGAUGAUUUCGCCAGGCUCACAAAACUGAAGAUUCUGUGGCUAUAUGGCAACAACAUUACAAGUGAGGGACUCGAUGAUGGUUCAUUCGCCAAUCUCGGUAACCUUGUUUCCCUCAGCCUGCACGACAACCUUCUGACCAACUUUUCUACAGCAACAUUUCAAGGAUUGCCGUCUCUGGAAAGGCUGACUCUCGGAACAAAUCUGAUUCAAACUUUCCGACCUUUUGCUUUUGCCAACCUGCCUUCUCUGACAUCUCUGGACCUACGAAGGAACGCCUUCAGUAGCUCUUCAUUCCAUCCUGAUACAUUCGGCAACCUGACGGCACUACAAUACUUGGAAAUACAAGGAAUAACAGGCCUCCCACCGCGUGUGUUUCGCCAUCUACCCUGCCUCCAGACGGUACUUUUGGGGAACGAUCUUAUCUGCGAUUGUGACAUACUUGAUCUAGCGAAAUGGCUGAAUAGAACAGCUGUGGAUGCUCUGCGACAUGGCGCAUCGUCACAGCCAGUGGCCUGCUAUAUCUACAAUCCGCGGAGGAGGGGAGUACUUCUCAGCAACCUUCGAGAGGAAGAUUUGCAGAUGACGUGCCCAACGACAACCGACCCACCACCCACGGAAUCUACUGUGCAGACCUGCCCAACAUCUCUUACAACUGAAGUGAUGACAUCUCCUCGCCUUGAGACAACUCCGACAGCAACAACACAGCUUCCACCUUCUCCUAAAACAACAACACAGCCUGGAACAUGCACCGCCCCAAGGGACAUCGCCGUGCAAAACGUACAAGAAUCUCGUGCUGAAAUCACAUGGUUUCACGACGGUAAAGCUGCAAAUGUGGACCUGACAGGAUUCGUCAUUGAGUACCAAAUCUUUGGGCAGAAGUGGAAAGAUACUCAAAAUGUUCACUCCGACGAACGCUACUUCACCAUGGCGGAUCUCGUUCCUAGCACACCCUACCAAGCCUGUGUGGCCGUGCUCUGUAAGGGGAAGAAGAUACAACCAGGACGAGACUGGACGGAUUGUGUGCAUUUUACAACGAAGAUGAGAUCUACAACAAUAGUCGGCUUGGCCGUAGGCAUCCCUUUGCUGCUCGUCAUCCUCUGCCUAGUAGCGGCAAUCGUCAUUGUCCUGAAGAAGAGAGGGCCCUUCUCUGCAGAGCAAGAUGCUGGCCACACCCCUGAGCGUCCUCAACUCCAGGAAGCCAAUCACAGCCCGGCUGACGGUGCAGUUGGUCCCGUUGAGGAUCCACCCUACCACAGCAUCAGAGACAAUCCGCGGGAGCGUCCUGAUCGGGAGAACAGGUACCAAAACGCAGGAUUCGCCGCAGAGCCCGUAGCGCAUGGAAUCACCAGCUCAUACCUGGAUUUGGGCCAAGCUGGGGCCGUCCUCAACUCGGCAGCAGGGGGGCCACCUGGGAACCGAAGGUUCUCCGAAAGCUCCUUUAACAACCCCGUCUACACGGCGGACAGCGUCAACGAAAACAUCUACACGAGAGUCAACGACGACGGCCUGGAUGGGACAAUGGCAAGAGCGUCAUCCGCAGAGGAAGACGUUUACAUCGAUGUUAUCGCUUAAUCGGUAAAUUUGAGCCUGCCUGCAGUAACACUAUGCAAACACUUUGCUGAAUUUACAAUAUGUAUAGCUGUGUUGAUUAACCACUAAUUGUCGUUUAGGCCACAGCAAGUAACUUUUAUGGAUGACAAGAAAUUUUGUUGCCUUCUGACAGUGGUCAUCAUGCCG